AUGGGAAAGGAACUAAGCUCAUCUGAGCAGUCUUUGAUUGAGCCUGGCAGGAGAGAGUUUGUAUUAUGCAAUCAAGCUUCUAAAUUUGAUAUAACUGUGUUCACAACAGAGGACUCCGCUGCUAAAUACAAAGAGUUUAAAAAAAUCUCUUCUGGUGAAGCGAAUUUCCAAACCGUACUUAAUAUUCAAAGAAGUGGCUUAGGUGUACCGCUUUUACUAACUUCAUUCAAUUAUUUGAAAGGGAAGCAUGCUUCUAUAUUUAAAUAUGAACUCCCAGAAGAAUCUAGACUUUUUGAUAAAGACAUAGACAGGCGAGAGAUUUGCACUGUGUGGAAGAAUAGAUUCAGCACAUAUGUCAGGUACAAAUUUGAUUUUGCACUCAGUGAAGAUAGAAAGUUUACUAUAUGUCUUUUCAACCACUAUAGGUUACCAAUUGGCGAUACUACAGAAUUUCCAAAGGGGACCUCCUAUAGAUGGACACAUGAUAACCGUCUACUGACUUACUACAAAUAUUCACUUUUUCUCUUGGAAGAUAGUGAUAAUUCAUUGACUGAUAAUAUGGACAAAGAUAAAUAUAAAUUAGAUUCAUAUAACAAGCUUGUCGGAAGAGGAAUGAGAAACUUUUUUAAAUUACCCUCUAGAAAGCCAAAAGACGAUCAUAUCCCAAAUUGUAGGCUUGGAAAAUUAGAAUGUCUAAGAAUUCCGCUUCUUGAAUCCAAUAAACCAACGGCUAAGCUUGUCAUCCGAACCACUGAGUCUGAUAACCUUGACAGUAUAUUGUCGGUUAAUGAAGAUGAUGUUAUCUUUUUAUGCAUGUCAACUAUCUUGAAAGGGAUUGAAGAUAUGAAUAUGGCUGCAGAAUUCCUCUAA